CUGCCUGCCUGACACACUUCCUGCUGCUGCACCAGUAACGGUAUGGCUGCCUUGGGCGAAAGAGUGUGUCACUGGAGUGCUUCUUCUUCUUCUUACGGAGAUGUGGGUGAGCCGCACGACGGCGGGGGAGGAGGCUCCACUUUCCUCCGAUUCUUCUUCUUCGCUUCGACUUCGAGAAAGGGACCGAGGAGGUGAGAUUUGACGGAAGAGAGUAGGAACUCUCGCUUUUGUGGGAGUUGCUACUCUGGAAGUAACUGCGCCUUCACAUGCUCCUCUCCUCGUAAGACAUGCAGACGAACGGCCUCUGCCUCGUGGUGGUGGUGGUGGUGUUGGGUUUCCUGACGGGGCAGAGCUCCUCGUCCCACGACGCCGUCUUCUUCAGCCGCUGGCGACGACAGGCCGUCCACUGCCAACCUGGGGACGACACCUGUCAAAAGUGCUCCUCAGGCUGCCACGCCCUCGCCUCUUCCCAGCUGCCGGAGUGCUGCGAAGCCUACAAUACCUGCUGCGAUGAAUACUUCCAGGCCUGCAAGUCCUGCUCCAACUCCCUGACGAAGGACCCUUACUUCCCCGAGUACUGUUGCGCGUCCUUCACCUCCUGCUGUGACCUCAUCACUACUUUCACCACCGAUGUUAAGCCUCCAACACCUGUCAGAACCAAACCUAAAUCCGACCUGAAGAUCCCCGAGGUCGCCGCCCCUAAACCUACCUUCUUCCCUGGCGCUGGUCAGAGCCCCUUAAAGCAAUCUAACCUGUCUCCAGAACCAGCUUUCCCCCGAGAGGGACCUCUCCCCAGUGAAUCGGUCUUUUCCUCCCAGAAGCCUUCGCCCUCAGAGAACCAGCCUGUGCAGGUACAGCCUGAAGCAGCGUUCAAGCCCAGCGCUCUCGCCGGCGGUCGUCGCCCUACCGCGGGGUCCAAUCCUGUAGGCGGCGCUGAGGAUGAUUUCCCCGCGAUCGUCGACAACAGCCAGAGGCAAAGGGAUCGCACCCAGGCCAGGGCACAAGUUCGCCCAGCCGCCAGGGGGCGCCAGCAGGCAGCUCGCUCACAGAGAAAGGGUGGUGUGGAUUUAGAAUCUCGCCGUGGACGUAUCACUUCCAGGGGUCGUGUGUCUAAAUAGGACUCUGGCACAUGCGCAGACCACGUCUCUUCUCUCUCUCUCUUCUCUCAGCCUCUUCAUUUAGUAUACUAUACUUACAAAUUCUAGUAUACAUUCUCCCCAAUCCAGCUAUUCUCAAAUACCAAGUGAUGAUUCUCUCAUGUCUUGUUUUUUAUUAUUUUGUUGAAGCAUAUUACAGUGAAACGAGUUUUUAGUUUUUCAUUUUACUCUUUUUCCAAAUUUUGUUGUUUUGGGGUUUGUAUGUCACUUUUUCAUUAUCAACAAUCCCCCUCCCCCUCUUUAUACCCUCAUUAGUCCCUAUCUCCCAGUAACCCCGUUUCCCCUUGUAUUAUGUAAGUAAAAUCUUCAAAUGAUUAGUAUAGUGGCACUUCACUAAGGGAGCUGGAAUGUUGUACUACUGUCUGUCAGUGAUUGCUUAACAGUAACCAGGAAUACGUAAAUCUGUAUCUAUCUGCGUCUGUAUAACCCACCUGCAUGACUAAUAUGUGCCCAUAAGCAUAAUCUAUCAACUGAUAUAUUAACUCCCAUUGCGUAGGUAAUCGAUCAAAAUGUGUAAGGCAGUAAGUGCAAGGGCCUUUUGUCAGCACGUGUUUGCCAAUUGGUGCUUACGUAACCUCUUAGUAUACUUAGGCAAUCCAUUGGCCUGUGAGUAAUCUGGACACCUUUGUAUACAGAAACUGUCCACUUGCCUGUCACGUUCGGGUGCUCUGUGUGUCGUAGAAUGCUUGCUCUAUCUCAGCCGGGUCUCCGGGACUCCCAUUUUCCUUAAGUCUGUAUAAACAGGUUUAUUACACCAUGCACCAAUUACACAGCGUAUCUUGAGAAGGCAGGAAACGUAAUGGCAUAAGGGCAUAUCUUUUGUUUUUGCAUUAAUUGCUUAUAAAGUGCCCUUCGUUCAAACAGCCACAAGUGCGCUACAGGUGGGGUUUCAAAGGUUAUUUAUGCAAUCGGUGUCGGUAAUACGCUAGGUGGGCGAAGCCUGUUUAUACUAGUCCAGACUAAAGGAAAAUGCCCCCGGGUCAGGUGGCUUAGCUAGGAGAUACGACACUUAUACAACUGUAUAUUUUUUGGUCUUGCCUUUGGGUCCAUCGGAGCUUUCUUGAGCCAAAUUGGAAUUGCAAGGCAGCCCCACUUGAGCAUGUGUUUUAAGGCUUUUUCUUUAGCAUAUUAUAUUUAGAUUUGGCAUCAAAUGGCCAAUAUGUCUUUCUGUAAAUUUACUCUCGAUAUGGGCUACUUAUCACUAAGUAUACUGGCGCUAAGAAAUCAUCACAAUAAAAAAAAUCCUACCAAUUUGACGACGCCGUAACAAGCGAUCACGUCUGUUCCACUUCGCUUUCCCCGCGAUGCCCAGACGUGAAAUCUCUUCCGUGCCGAAACUAAAUCUCUCCACGUAGGGAUGAAAUGGGUUUCCUGGCAAUAGCGGUGCUGAAUCAUGCGACACUUUCACCACUACGGGGGAAAGAAGUUUUGGAAAUGAGCUGAGCUACUAUAGCAUUUUUAGAGGAAGAGGUGUAUGUUCAAUUUCGUACAGUGCUUAUUGUAUCAUAUGCACUUGCAUAUGAUGACAAAGUUUUCACGACAUUAAGAAAAAAUAUAACAAUUUGAUUUUAUUACUGUAAAUUAAAAUUGGCUCUGAAAAAAUUAUUGUCACAUACAUUAUAUAGCAGAAAAGUUUAAUAAUUACAUUAGCUGAUAAUGACACGCUGAGUAUUUCCAAAGAAAAGAAUAGUCAAAUUAAAGGUUAAUGACGCUAAAUA